AUGGACAAAGAGUCUGAUUGGUGCGGUCCAAAGAGGAAUUCACCUGUACCUUUAGGACCCUUCGUCAUUUCUACAGAACGAGUAGAUGCUACAUCCCAGGGUUAUUCUGGGGAAGGUAGAUCAGAUAUUGCGGUACAUACGCACCCCACGGAGGGAACCGCCUUACUCAGAGGGGCGAAUAUCUUGGGGAGAGCAGCAGCGCAGACAGUGACAGGCGGGGUUGCAUUUGGUGUUAAAAGGAAGACAAGGGAAGAUGCAAUUACAGAGAGCACAAACAAGCGGUUCAUGGUUGAGGAUGCGCUCGAGAAGUUCCCGCCGGAGCCUCAGCCCCCUAUGGAUCCGGAUCUCGAUUCGCUGAUUGAAACUCUGUUGUCUAAGCAGGAAAAUGUGCUCUUUGAUCAUUUUUUUUUACUGGAUGACAAACAAAAGAAUGAAAUGGGGGAUGUGUUACAAGAUGACUCCGCACAGUUGAAUCGGGACGCUGCGAACAUCCCUGCAACGCCUACUCAUGCUUCAGCGCACACCGUGGCUUCAAGAGCGACUUCGACCAAUAAGAGCCUAAAAGGGCGUACUGUGUCCGAGAAAAGAAGCUCACAAGCUGCAACCUCACUUAGCCUGUCCUACUAUGAGUCGCCAAAACACAGCGCUGCGCUGUCUCCAGAAAGUUGGCUUCUUCAGUAUGACGAUCGCAUUUGGGGAGGCGAGGGGACUAUACAGAAUACAGAUAACCUUUUGUCUCGUGCAUCAAAUCGCCCCUCUUCAGAAUCACAAGGAUCCAGUACCAUGGUAGCAGAGUCCAUCUCUCAAACUCUAAGACAUCUCCCCCAUGGAGGCCAGGUACCGACAAAUGGAGUGUUUCAGCUACCAACCACUGGAAAGUAUGCUCCUUCGGAUCAAGGAAUUGACACAACUUUAAAGGAACGCGCUGAAGGCAGCGUAGCCGCUACGACCGCAGAAUUCAAUGUCGUCGGGCCUAUCGCUGCAGAAAAUAUGCCACAGAACACGCCGAAGGCAACAGGGAAAAAAGAGCAGUCAGAGUCUUCUUCACCAAAACAGACAGUCAUGGGGUCAAUGGCUGCGCCUGAAUGGUUCCUGGAAAUGUACCCUCAAGUUCCUGAUGAACUUCUCCAAUCCCAUCCCUUCUAUUUCCACCCACGAAGCCACGGCAACUUCAGCUCGGAGACUCUAAGAAAAACAGUGGGAGCGUCCUUUCGCCUUCUAAAAAAAUUCCCGUUGUCUACACUAGCUGAAUUCAGGAUCCUGUUGAGGAAAGAACAACUUUCCGAGCACCAUUACAGACGUCUACUCUAUGCCACAGAGCGCUUGUAUGGGUACGCAACGGGUAGCAUGCCCAAGCUGGUUCCAAAAACCUCAAUUGGUGGCGCCGUAGAAGUUUUGGGGGGAGCUUUUAUCGUAGUUGAUACGCUCUAUUGUGCGGUUCAAGUGCUCGGGGGUAACUCCAGUUCGUGGUGGCCAGAUGUAAUUAAUAGCAUUGAAGAAGUACGCUACGUACCACGGGUACGUUUCUCUAUAAACAAUUCAAUUGCGGAGAUGCUGGACGUAGCGUUGAACUACUACAGGAAUGGAGCGCGGCCUCCUGCCCGUGUGGUCGUCUGCUUGAAGGAAAUUCUCCUCGAUUCAGCCAGUAGCUUGAAGUUCAGUACCAUGUCGUGGGAUCUGUGGAGGGCGGACGCCGCAGAGUGGCGCGAGGCCAUGGGUCUGGAAGUACCAGAACCGGGCAACCUGUGA